UGGGUCCCGUCCGAGCCCGGGCCGGGCCAGGAGCCGCCAUGACGGGCAGUAAUAUGUCUGAUGCCCUCGCAAAUGCAGUGUGUGAGCGCUGCCAGGCUCGCUUUGAUCCCUCGGAGAGGAUCGUGAACAGCAAUGGGGAGCUCUAUCAUGAGAACUGCUUUGUCUGUGCUCAGUGUUUCCGACAGUUCCCAGAUGGACUCUUCUAUGAGUUUGAGGGUCGAAAGUAUUGUGAGCAUGAUUUCCAGAUGCUGUUUGCACCCUGUUGUGGGCAAUGUGGUGAGUUCAUUAUUGGACGUGUGAUCAAGGCAAUGAAUAAUAAUUGGCACCCAGAAUGCUUCCGUUGUGAGCUCUGUGAUGUGGCACUUGCCGACCUAGGCUUCGUAAAAAAUGCUGGCAGGCACCUGUGCAGGCCUUGCCAUAAUCGGGAGAAAGCCAAGGGGCUAGGCAAGUAUAUCUGUCAGAAGUGCCACCUGAUAAUUGAUGAGCAGCCUCUGAUGUUCAGGAAUGACUCCUAUCAUCCAGAUCACUUCAACUGCACCCAUUGCGGGAAGGAGCUGACUGCUGAGGCCAGGGAGCUGAAAGGGGAACUCUAUUGCCUGCCCUGCCAUGACAAGAUGGGUAUCCCAAUCUGUGGAGCCUGUCGCAGGCCUAUUGAAGGACGAGUGGUCAAUGCUCUGGGGAAGCAAUGGCAUGUUGAGCAUUUUGUUUGUGCCAAAUGUGAGAAGCCAUUUCUGGGGCACCGCCACUAUGAGAAAAAAGGACUGGCUUACUGCGAGACUCACUACAACCAGCUCUUCGGAGAUGUCUGCUACAACUGCAGCCACGUGAUCGAGGGGGAUGUGGUAUCAGCUCUCAACAAGGCUUGGUGUGUGAACUGCUUCUCCUGCUCCACCUGCAACAUCAAGCUCACACUGAAGAACAAGUUUGUGGAGUUUGACAUGAAGCCAGUGUGCAAGAAAUGCUAUGAAAAAUUCCCUCUGGAGCUGAAGAAACGUCUGAAAAAGCUGUCUGAGCUGGCCUCCAGGAAAUCGCAUCCCAAAGCUGUGGAUUUAAACUCUGCUUAAACAGGGUUUGGGUCCUGGUCCUUACCCUCACAGUUAUCCACACAACAUUAGCAAAAAUUGUUUAACCUUCCAUGUUCGGAGUUCCCAAUGCCAAACGUUUUGUAUUGGGUGAUGCAGACUUCUGGGACUGAAGAGGUUAAGUGUUAAUUUGAAACAUAUAGCAGGGGAGGCAUUGGUUCGCAGAUAAACCUGUGACUAAAGCAGUUGUUCUAAGAGGUGUUUCGUUCUUAGUUUGUAAAGCACUCUUAGUGCUAAGGAUUAUAUAGAAUGAAUGAAGAAAUGUAUUAAUACUAAAGGGACAAGCCCACUCCCUAUUACACGGCAUGUAUUCUGCAGACUGCAGAUUUCUUGUUUUAUAGUACUUCUGAGUUUGUGAUGUCUAACCAAAAUCUGUGACUGCUGGACUAAAAUAUUAUAAUCUGCACCUGUUAUGUAUGUUCUUGUAGCAAAGUUAACUGCAAUACAUUUUAAAUCUUCACACUAAAGAUUAAAAUAUAAAACUAUUGUAUGUGUACUGUACAAUAAAACCGGAGUCUUUUGGAUCUA